CAUACGAAUAUUUUAUAUUCGUAAAAAUGAACAGAAGGAAAUUAAGGAAAUUGUUGAAAAUACUCGACGACGAUUCGGAUGAAGCACCUCGAAAUGAUCGAAAUAAUAGAAUAAUAAGUUCGAGUGAUGAGGAUGAAGAACCACCUAAGAAAAAACGGAGGCGUAUUUUGCCAAUUGAAGAAUCUGACGAUGAACAGGCAGGUGAAGAUAAAGAGAACAUCUUGCAGUUAAUCGGGGAGCCAGAUAUGAAAAAGAAUGUAAUUUCCAUUAACCCGAAAUUAGCGGAACUAUGGCAAAGUAUCAUUCAGAAAGGAUUGGAUAAAGAAGGCAAAAAGAAAUUGCAAGAAAAAAUUCCCUCGAUAGAAAACUGUUUUGUACAAGCUCCAAAACUAAACGAAGAAAUUGAAAUUACCUUAAAUAAAAAUGCCAAAACUAGGGAUGAGAAAUUAUGUGAAAAACAAAAUCAGAUUGGAUUGGUUAUCGCUAAUUUAAAUAAGAUAUUAAAGGACCUACUAAAUAAAAAUGAGAAAGACUAUGUGGAGCCACUGGGGGACUCUAUAAGAUUACUAGCAGAUCUCCAUUUUCUAGAAACGGAAACUAGGAAGGCAGUAAUUCUACCCGGCUUAAACAAAAUACUUAAGGACACCUUGGAAAAAACCCAAACUACUACUUUCCUUUUUGGAGAUGACUUAAAUAAAAUUAUAAAAAGAUCCAAGGAUAUGGAAAAAUCCAUGAAAGAUCUUCAACAAAAUAAAAAUUUAAACUACUGGAGCCCGUCCUACACCAUCAACCAGACACAGGGCGGGCCGAAGAAAAAUUACCUAAGCAAAAUAAGAACGUACCAAAGAAAUUAUUACAGGACGACAGCAGCAGCAGCAGCAGUUGGUCAACCCCGGAGAGCCCAAAGGCAUUGGUCACCUCGUCGUCCAGCUCGAGGGAAGCGUCACCAACUUCACCGCCGAGACCACAAGAAAUAGCCGAGGGACCACCACCCACUACAUCAGAACCUUACACUGAUUGCCGCAGUAUUAUCAGCAAAGUCUACUUAAGAAAAGGAUUAACCCAUGAAUGUAUCAACAUAAUUUUAAAUUCAUUAUCAGAUAAUACAAUAAAACAAUAUAAUACAUGUUUAAAACAAUGGUGGGAAUAUUGUAGUAUUCAAACAAUUGACCCCUUUAUAAUGUCAGUUCCAAAUAUUCUUAGUUUUCUGACCCAGAAAUUUAACAAUGGUUCUGCCUAUGGAACUCUUAAUUCUAUUAGAUCAGCUUUGUCACUGCUUAUGGAUUGCGAUUUAGGUACACAUAAAGAUAUUAAAAGAUUUUUUACUGGUAUUUACAAAAUGAGACCGAACAAUCCAAAGUAUAAUGAAACCUGGAAUCCAGCUUUAGUUUUAAAUUAUGUGUCAAAUUUAUAUCCUAAUACAGACCUUGGGUUACAUAAUUUGUCUAAGAAGUUAAUAAUUCUAUUAACUCUAGUUACUGCUCAUAGACUACAAACUAUGUCGCUCAUAAAAUUAAGUAAUAUAAAUAUCACAGAUGAAAAUAUAAAAAUUAAAAUAUCCGACAAUAUUAAAACUUCAGGAAGGAACAAGUUGCAGCCAUUGUUAAUCAUCCCAUAUUAUAAAGAAAAUUUGAGUAUUUGCCCAGCUACAGCAUUAAAAGACUAUAUUGAUGUCACAAAAUCAUUAAGAAAAUCUGAUCAAUUAUUUGUGACAGUUAGGAAACCCCAUACACCAGCUUCAACUCAAACGCUGGCAAGAUGGGUUAAAGAUAUUUUAUCUGAAGCCGGUAUAGAUAUAUCAAGAUUUAGUGCUCAUAGCACAAGACAUGCGUCGACCAGCCACGCAUAUAGGAAUGGGGUGAAUGUUGAAUAUAUUUUAAAAACAGCUGGGUGGACAGAAUCAUCUAGGUGUUUUGCUGAUUUUUAUAAUAGACCUUUAAUAGAUGAAAAUGUUUUUUCAACCAGCAUUUUAAACAGUGUAAAUUAGUUACUUUAAUUCACAUUUUAGAAAUGCAUAUUAUGAUCAUAUGUGACUGUUAUCAAUAAAUAAUUAAAAUAUAGCAA